UCAAAUUUGGACUGAAUCCAGUCGGUUGGCAUCUGAGCAUCUCAUAACGUUGAGAAUUGAGAAUUGAUUGUUUACAGUUUUUUACAGUAACAAAUUGUUUUCGAAUCUCCAGUGUUUCAGAUUUUCUUUUUUUCUAACGUGUUCAACCUGUCAGUCCGUUAUUCUGUAGUAUUCUUAUGUUAUGCACGGGAUACAGUCUUCACUCUUCAGUGGAUUGCUAAUACUUGUUGUUGAAUUCGCCGUUGAUUUGUGAAGCGCAGGAUGCAGUGGAUGCUUUGGAUUUUGAAGUCUUGAAUCUUUGUGACUUUGCCAUUUUGACUUAGUAUCAUAGUAUGGGAUGUGAUUGGGACAUUGUCUAGCACUGCCAUUCAGAAUGGAUACUUUACCAGCACCCAGCGGAUUGCCACCUGAUGGACCUCGUCGAGGACGCAGGUCGUCGAUUAUGAAACCGUUCUCUGUAUUUGGAAAUGAUGGAGAAAAGUUCAGCUUUAACGCAGAAGCUGCGGACGCCAAAAAACGACGGCGCGUCAGUUUCGCUGCUAAUUAUGAACUCAGGAACUACUGCAAGGAACAACCUGGACUGGAAGAGGAUACGGCAACAUUGCCCGUCAGUGAUCUGGACCGAGUGUCCCCGCUACCCGAAUCGGAGCGGAAUGAAGCCAGCCCCAUGAAAAUCCACCACAACAACGACGACACCUCGCCGCUGCCGGACGAGAACGAUUCCCCGGAUCCAACGGUUACGCCAUGCAGUCGCGCAUGUCCUCCGUCACCUUCAUGGAUCUGUCCACGCUGACGGAUGGCCAAGUGGUGGAGCGGCGUCUGGAGCACACCCGCCACAGCAUCCAUGACAUGAGCAUCUCCGACAAUGGAGGUGAUACAUCCAGCAAUAGCAGCUGUGAUAUGCACAACACCAGCUUGUACCAUCACAUGAGCAUGGAGAUCUCCACAGAUUCCCUGUCCGAUACGAAACCGCAUUCUCCGCUGGUGGGAAAAGGGAUGUUUGAGGAGCAGACGGGGUUGGGUGGCGACGGCAACGAUUUCAGCCUGUUCGGCUUCGGUUCACCUAAACCGGAAUCGCAUUCCUUUGUCAUGGCGACGGAGAUGGACACGCGCCGGAAAACCUCCUUGGAAUCGCAUUUCUUGGAAUCGAAUUCUUUUGUCGUCGCGUCGGAGGUGGAUGUGAGGAGAAAGCCGUCGUUAGAGUCCGAUUCCUUUGUAGCUGCUUCCGAAGCUAUGACAGUUCGGCAGGCUUCGUUGGAAUAUCAGAAAGAUCGUACGAUUGCUAUUCAUCACGAAAAAGAGUUGACCUUGUUGAACGAUAUGCCCCCGGAGUCCACUUCCUUUAUACUUGCUUCGGAAAUUGUGACCAGUCGGAAGUCAUCGUUAGAAUAUCACAAAGAUCGUACAAUUACUACUAAACACGAAAAGGAGCUGACCAUGUUGAAUGACAUGCCGUUUUCAAUUGCUUCGGAAAUUGCGACGAGCAGAAAACCAUCGUUGGAAUACCAGAAAGAUCGAACAAUUACUAUUAAAAACGAAAAGGAGUUGUCCAUGUUGAAUGACAUGCCCCUGGAUUCCAAUUCGUUUUCAAUUGCUUCGGAAAUUGCGACGAGCAGAAAGCCUUCGUUGGAAUACCAGAAAGAUCGUACAAUUACUGUUAAACAUGAAAGGAGGCGACCCUGUUGAAUGAUAUGCUCCUGGAUUCCAAUUCGUUCCUCAUUGCUUCGGAAAUUGUGACGACCAGAAAACCGUCUCUGGAAUGCAAAAACAAUUUGGAGAUUGCUGCUCAUUCGGAAAAAGAAGUGACGAUGGUCAACGAUAUGUCGCUGGAAGUAACCGCACUUUCACCAAGUGCUGUCGACAUUCCUGUGCCGGCAACGUCUGGAAUGGACAUUUCCAUUGAAACUGCCACAAACCCUGCAAGUUCGGCGUCUCCAUUACCAUUGUUGGACGCAGUUUUCGCCGAAAAACGGCAGCAUGAGCACAGCCAGUCACCUCGAACAUCGGAAUCUCUCAACCAGUCAAUCACCUCGGAACAGAAUCGGACACCCGACGAACAGUCGUCACGGCUCAGUGUUCAUGAUAUGAGCAUAUCGGAUAGUGGCGGUGAAGCUAGCAUCUCCUGUGUUAGCCUGCAGAACACCACUUUACAUCAGGACAUCAGCAGCAGUAUGGAGAUUUCCACCGAAUCCACGCCCGUCUCAGACUCGAAGCGCCAUUCGUCUCCCGGCGUCACGCAAAACGGGCUGAUCGGUGCGGGAAAUGAAGGGAACGAUUUCAGCCUCUUCGGACUGGGCUCUCCCAGACUGGACUCCUUGUCCUUUUGUCAUGGCUUCCGAAAUGGAUCCGCGACGCAAAUCGUCUGUGCCAACGGACUUUGUGCAAUCUGAUUCAUUUCUCGUUGCAUCCAAAGUGGAUGAUCGGAGAAAACCUUCACUGGAAUCACAAACUACUCCGCGUGUUUCUGAUACUUCAGGAAAGUUCUCGUUGGAGCGCAAAAACUCAUCUGCUACUGGAGACGAAAAUCCGAGCAAACCCUCACGAGAUUCGCAAUCUAUUUUCUGAUUGCUUCUGAAACUCUAAGAAAAUCCCUUGUUGGAAUGCCAGAAAACAC